UUGUUUCCCAUUCUCUCGGCGUAAAAAUCUCUUCCACUCCCGAUUCCCCUCUAUCUCCACUCGCUAGCGUCCGCCGAUUCUCCUCUGUCUCCACUCCCAGCCGCCUCCGGCAGGCACCAACGCCGCCAGCCACCUGCCCAGCGCCGCCGCCGCCACCUCCCAGUACCACUCCCUCUUUCCCUAGCUCCCUCUGUCUACCUGCGCCUCCACCAAGCACAUCGGCCGGCGAGCCGGCGAGGCCAGGCGGUUCUCCGUCGGCUAGGUAUGGGCUUUCCCUGAGGCGAUUUGGCGCACGGCUAGGUUUGGGGGAUGGAAUAGGGAUGCUGCUGGAGGGGUUUUUUGUGGGGCAAAAUCUCCAUUUUUGACUACGGGGAGUCGGAUGGGGGCUCUCUUGGAGGUGCUCUAAGCCUGUAUCUUCAACCAAUCCGAGAGGAGCGGAAUCAUGGACGUGCCUGCGCCGUCAAGCCGUGCUGGCUGCAACCGGAACAUGGGCAGCCCGGUGACGGAGCCUUCAGAUGAUCCUUAUGGUGUCCCCGCCACGAUGAACUUCGAUGGAUACUUGGAGCUCUGCAGCCCUUCGCUGGCCGAUCAGCUCUACUCCUUGGUGAAUGAUCCGUCCGCACACCAGAUGUUUGCUAUGUGGUCAUCCCUGGGAUCGUCGCCGCGAGCUUCAGGUAUGAGUGAAGAUAUGCCUCUCGGUGCCUAUGCUGGUGUAUCUGAGGCAGUGGCGGCAGCACCUCCUCAAAAGAACGAUCUGGUAGCAUCGGAGAAUCCAGCUGAAACGGGGAGAGUGGCCAGGAGCUCAGGCGAGCCAGGUGCGGAUAGUGAUCCUGGGCAAGGACGUACUAGCUUGGUUCCGAGACCUGUCGGCGGCAACUUUCUCGCAGACAGGAUGCUCAUGGCUCUGUCCUUCUUCAGGGAGUCGUUGGGUGAUGGUGUCCUUGCCCAAGUCUGGAUGCCUGUUGAGCAGGAGGGCCACGCCGUGCUGAGUACAUCCGACCAGCCAUUUCUGCUAGACCAGUCUCUUGCAGGGUACAGAGAAGUGUCCAGGAACUUUGUGUUUUCGGCGAAGGAGGAGACUGGGCUGCACCCAGGCCUUCCAGGGAGAGUCUUCAUCUCCGGGGUGCCUGAAUGGACGUCAAAUGUUCUGUACUACAGCAAGCCGGAGUACCUGAGGAUGGAGUAUGCUCUUCAUCACGAAGUACGUGGAUCACUUGCAAUGCCGAUUUAUGAUCCCAGCAAGGGCUCUUGCUGUGCGGUGCUUGAACUUAUCACCAAAAGGGAGAAGCCUGAUUUUAAUGCAGAGAUGGACAACGUUCGCCAAGCCUUGCAGGCUGUGAACUUGAAGACAACAAAAGAUUGCAGCAACCAGAAGUUUUAUACAGAAAAUCAGAAAGCUGCCUUUACUGAAAUUCUGGAUGUUCUGAGAGCUAUUUGCCAUGCACACAUGCUUCCGCUGGCCCUUACAUGGGUUCCUAUGUCAAAUGGCAUUGAUGGGGCUUAUGUUGUUGGAAGGGAUGGUGGCCUUGGUUCGCAAUCAGGAAAAGAGAUACUCUGUGUUCAUGAAUCAGCCUGUUAUGUUAAUGAUGCAAAGAUGAAAGGCUUUUUUCAUGCAUGUGCUGAAAGUCCUCUUGAGAAAGGGCAGGGUAUUGCGGGCCGUGCACUCAAAUCCAAUCUGCCGUUCUUCUCACCUAAUAUAAGAGAAUACAAUAUUAAGGAUUACCCACUUGCGCACCAUGCUCGUAAGUUUGGUUUGCAUGCUGCUGUUGCUAUCCGGCUAAGGAGCACAUACACUGGGAAUGAUGACUACAUAUUAGAAUUCUUUCUCCCAAUCAACUGCAAAGGCAGCGAAGAACAACAGAUGUUACUGAAUAACCUCUCCAGUACAAUGCAAAGAAUAUGCAAAAGUUUGCGAACAGUGGCUGAAUCAGAAGUUGAUAAAGUUGAUGCUCGUAAUGCAGUAUUGUACAAGACAACCAGUGAAAGUGUCUCGCCAACUGGCCACUCCGAAAGUUCAUCACAUUGUGAUAAACCAAUCACGGAAGCCUCCUUCCAGGACCUAUCUUUGGUCGAUAAGCAAGGAUACAUGGAACCUGAGCAGGUACAAUCUAGUUCAAUGCGCCUUGCAGAGAAAAAGCGCAGUACAGCUGAGAAGAACAUUAGUUUGGAUGUUCUUCGUAAGUACUUCUCUGGGAGCCUAAAGGAUGCUGCAAAGAGCCUUGGUGUUUGCCCAACAACUUUGAAACGGAUAUGCCGCGCACAUGGAAUUUCGCGAUGGCCAUCUCGCAAGAUAAACAAGGUGAACCGUUCACUAAAAAAGAUCCAAACUGUCAUUAACUCUGUUCAUGGGGUCGACAGCUCCUUGCAGUAUGAUCCUGGGACUGGAUCUCUUGUUCCGGCAGCCUCUCUGCCAGAGAAGAGGCCAGCUUCUUCAACUGAUGCUUUGCCUGCUCUAUCCUCUGGAAAAACUGUGGAGCAAAAAUCUGUCCCAAAAUCUGAGCAAGCUUACUCAUCGCCUGAUGGGUGGCAAAGUGAAAGUUACCAAGUGCAGCUCUCUGAUGCGGAGAAAGGAGAAGGUGGUGAGUUUCACAUGCAGACAAGCAACCACAGUGAUAUUGGUAAUCACACUUCUUAUGGUGCGAAUGUCACACCACAUGUCAGUCCUGAAGGCACACAAGGACAAUCAUAUCCUGUUGGUACAGUUAGUGCUUUUCAUCCCAAAGAAACAGGUUGUGUGAGUCCUUUUGUCUCUGCCCGUCCAACUGCUGAGAACACAGGAGACCAAAUAGUCGGAAGGAACUCACCAUCUUUACAACAAGCAGAUAUUGAUAUGGUUGACGAUGCGUUUCAAAAAACAAAUAUGGUUGACGAUCAUGAAGCCAGGGAGCACACCCAUCCUUCUACCUCUGGUAUGACAGACUCAUCUAGCGGAAGCGCAUCAAGCCAUCCUACUUUCAAGAAGGAGCCAGGGCAUGCUCUUAAAGGCAAAAGCGGACCUACACUCACGGUCAAGGCUACGUACAACGGGGACACCGUGCGGUUCAAGUUCUUGCCAUCACAGGGCUGGUAUCAGCUGCUGGAAGAAAUAGCGAAGAGGUUCAAGCUGUCAACGGGGACGUUCCAGCUAAAGUACAAGGAUGACGAGGACGAAUGGGUCAUCCUGGCGAACGACUCGGAUCUCCAGGAGUGCGUCGAAGUCAUGGACUCGAUGGGUUCGUGCAACGUGAAGCUCCAGGUGCGGGACCUCCCUUGCUUGAUCAGCAGCAGCUCGGGCAGCAGCACUUGUUUGAGGUUGCCCACCUAGCUCAGGAAAGCCUCGGUCUCUUUUGUUACCUUCAACUGUAACAUUAGUAUCGGAAUAGGUGUGUAGCCCUCUUUUGUUGUUAGCAACAGCAUAUGCUUUUUGUACGCGUGUAGCAUGUAAUGUAGCAGCAAGUCGGGAUAGUCCUGAAUGGGAAGUGUCCUGCCUUAAAGCAUACCAAACAAAUAAUGUCAUGAAGGCAUGUAAAGGGUUAUGGGGCAAUAACUGGUUGCCGUGAGGUUCUAUAUAAUAGCGCCUUUUGUAUCCAGAAGUAGGAGGAAACCAAUGUUUUUUCUAUUGAGAAACUUGAUAUGGUUCGAACUUGUUUGCUUGGAACACAUGGAAUUUUCGA